GAGGCAAAUAUAACAGUCCAUGUUUUAGAAAAGGAUUUAGAUGCCUGUGAAUUUAUUCAGCAAAGACUCACUGCCAUAAACGCAUCCAAAGACGCCAACUUAAGGACUGUGAAUUCUGCAAGUCUUCAAAAUCAAAAACAUGGAUAUUUCUUAUUUUUAUGUCAGCGCUCUGGAGCAUGCACUCAACGAAGUCGACGUGCCAAAGGAUGCAAGGCCUAUGCUUCUUUUAAAAAGAGGACAGACUGGCUCAACAAACUAGUUAUAGUCGAAAGGCUUUACAGCAUUCAUUCAGGACAUGACCCAUCAAGUUCUUCUGAGGGACACUCAGAAAACAUUAGUCAAGAGCUUAUCAAGCAUAUUCAGGAUUUAAUAUCUCUUGGUGUUAAACCAGAUACAAUUCUCCUAAAAACAUAUGAGUGGUCAAGGGAACAAGGACAUACUGAUCUGAACAACCGAGCUUAUUUUGUUAGCCCAAAAGACAUUGAAAAUAUUUGGACAUGUAUGAUGAGAAAAAAACAGCAACACAAAGAUGAUGCCACUAGUACCUCACACCUUCUAGAGGGCCCUUUUAAAGACUAUGGUAUUUUUUUCCAGCCUUAUAGUCCUCAAACAGAUCUUAUCAUAGUUCUCCAAACACCAUCCAUGAGAGACAACCUUCAUAAAUAUGGAAGAGAGAUUGUUUUUAUGGAUGCGACACAUGGUGUCAACCAGUAUGGUUUUCCUUUAUUUACAUUAGUUGUCAGAGACAGUCAUGGACAUGGAAUCCCUGUUGCCUAUAUCAUCUUGGGAAAUGAGAAGCAGGACACACUUCAGCUGGCUCUGGAAAAGCUAAAACCAUCAUUUUCUGUACUUCCAAGGUGCUUUAUGGUUGAUAAAGAUCAGGCUGAAAUCAAUGCCAUCUGGAGAGUGUUCAACGAGUCUGACAUUCUCCUUUGUUGGUACCAUGUAACACAAGCAGUAACUCGUUGGCUGUCAAGAUCUGAAUCUGGUGUGAGUGGGCCUGAAAAAGCAAAUUCAAGAGCAGACAUCAUGCAGUUUAUGUCAGAGCUGAAAUCCUGUUCAACGGUGUGUUGCUAUUUCAUUUCUUUUACACUGGAGAGAAAGACACAGAUGUAA